AUGCGUUCUGCCCUCGAUGGAUUUCUUUUUAUCCUUACAUCAGAUGGAACGAUUUUAUAUACGUCAGAAAAUAUUGCAACUCACCUUGGAUUCAACCAAGUUGACCUUGUCCAUCGAUGUAUUUACGGGAUAGUCCACCCCGACGAUCACCAUGAACUCAAAGUGGUACUUGAGCACAGCUUGCCUGAUCCGAGAAGACCGGAAUCCCAGCAGUCACUAUAUGAUGUCACCAGUUCUGACUGUCCGGAUUAUAAGAAAGUCCAGUUUCUAUGUCGGUUGAAAUGCUUCAAUGGAACUAGUACUGGUUAUGUGAAAAUGCACUGUACUGGAACCAUGAGGUCAUUCCCGGAAGUAGUGAAACAGAGCAGUAGGACGUCAUGUCAAGUUCUCUUUGCGGCCUGUCAACCAUUUAUUUCACUUGCAUCUGAUGCCAACAUUGAUGUGAAAAAUAAUGUCUUCGGAAGUAAACAUGAAAUGGACCUGAAAUUUAAGAAUGUCGAUGACAGGGUAUUUGAUGUGGCUGGAUAUCAACCAAGUCAGUUUGAAGGAAAAUCGUUUUAUGAGAUUAUACAUCUUCAUGACAUUACUGCAGUCUUUGCUUGGCAUAAACUCUGUAAGUAUUAUAUAUCAUCUGAAUUCCAGGGUUCUUCAGUAUUAUUAAUUCCCCGGGAUCAGUAA